AAAAACAAAAACUUCCACUAUCUCUAAAUAUUUGUAUGUAUAAAUAGAACAAAAUUGUAUUCAAUUUUAAAUCUCAUGAACCAAGAUCCUGAAUGUGGUAGGUGGCAUACACCACUAAAGUUGGCAUAAAUUUUUAAGUAAUUAUUUUUUACUUUUAAACUAAAAUUUUCUUGUCAAUGGAUUGUGGGGACAAACUAGUUUUUACCAAAGCUGUUCUUUUGGUUCUAAACAAAAAAAAUUAUUUUAAUAUUGUAUAUUAAAGAAUGAAAAAGAUUGGCAAGGGGGGACAAUACAUUGGAAAAUAUUCUAUUGAGAUUGAAUGAUGUAACUUUACAAUAAUUUAGUUAAAAUUUAAAACACGGACAUUGACAACACAGAUAAAGAAAAAAUGUGUUUGUGAGAAAGGUGAGACAAACUAUCUCAAUCAUAUAUACAAUGACAUAUUGUAACUUGGUCACUUUGGAACUAUGUUUCACUCUUAGUUUUCAGGAUCACUUGUACACACCUCCGCCAACAAAAAAAACUUUACAUUACCCGUUCAAAUUGGUAAGUUUUUUCGUAGACAGAUAGAGAAUUUUUCUCAAGUAAAAAAAGGUUUAAUUGCAGAGUUCAAACAAAUAUUACGGAGUAAAAAAUUAAAAUGAAUUAAUAAAGUAAAUUCAGCUGGAAAUCAAUUAUGUGAAUCCAUUAAUUAUGAAAAAUUGAGACAACUUCAAUUCUCAAAUGAUAAAUACACAUAAUUGAUUUCCAAUAGAGUACACCAUUAUUUAUCAAGUGACACCGCUCGGUGAUCAAAGGGAUAUGCUUGCUCUUCCUCAGGAAGGGAGCAUUACGGUGAAGCAUAAAUUAAAAACAAAAUUUAAAAGAACGGCAUCAGUUCUCCAAGAUGAUCUUUAACUUCAAAGAGAAACUCAGACGCAAAUUACCCAUUUGAAAUGGGUUUCAUCAUCUGCCCAAUAAUAUAUAAAUCGAAAGGAAAAUAAAAAACAAACAUAAAACGAACAAAAAUCUUCAAAAAAAGGAAAGUUUUUGAGCGAUCAGAACCUGUUGGGAUUCAUAUUAGUCAUCAACCAAAAGAGUCAGUGGAUUGACAGACAAAUGAUUUCUAACAUCACUUCACUCGACCAGAGAUUAAAACUCUGUACCAAUUACAGAGAAAGAACGAAAAUUAAAACGUCAGGAAAAUCAAAAUCUGCAAAAGAAUGAACGAAAAAACUAAGAUUUAAAGGAAACAGAGUCAUCAGAUAGGAGCGAAAGACUAUAAACGUUUUUGUAAUCACAGAGAUUAUCAGUUGAACUAUGCACGAAAUCAUCACCUGACUCUUCUUCUCAUCGGAGAAAUCAAUAAGCAAAAUAAACAUACAAAAAAAGUAUUCAAUUCAUCAGGUAAUCUAAAGGAAAAAUGACGAAUCUAUGGAGCCUCAGAAGGAAGGCAGUAGAAUUGUCGUAAUCACGAAUUUUCAUACACGCGAUUCAACUAAAUCAUCACUGGCAGAUCAAAUCCAAUCGGAGAAAAACUAACACACACACACACACACACAGAAACCUCCCAUAGCCCUUUCAGGCUUUCUGGAAACUAAGAAAAUGGGGGGAGGAAGAAGACGGUGCUAGAGAUAAGUUAAGAGAUGGGAUUGAAUCGGAGAAUGGUGACGAGUUAUAUAGGGAAGGAAGAUGAGAGAGAUAUAUGCGGAAGCUGAAAAUGGCCACACCUACGGCGACUAUGGAGGUCGGAAACGACGGUGUUGCCGUGAUCACCAUCACCAAUCCCCCCGUCAACGCCCUAGCCAUUCCAAUAAUUAAUGGCUUGAAGGAUAAGUUCACGGAGGCUGCUAGGAGAGACGAUGUCAAAGCCAUUGUUCUGACCGGAAGUGGUGGGAGAUUCUCUGGUGGUUUUGACAUCAAUGUUUUCGAACAAGUUCACAAGCAUGGGGAUGUGUCUGUACUACCUGAUGUUUCUGUUGAGCUACUUGUCAACCUGAUUGAAGAUGGAAAAAAACCUGCUGUUGCUGCCAUUCAAGGACUUGCCCUUGGAGGUGGCUUAGAAUUGGCAUUGGGAUGCCAUGCUCGCAUUUCUACACCAAGAGCUCAACUGGGCUUGCCCGAGCUUUCCCUUGGGGUUAUCCCUGGCUUUGGAGGUACACAACGCCUUCCAAGACUUGUGGGAUUGCCUAAAGCUAUUUCAAUGAUGCUGACAUCUAAACCCAUAUUGUCUGAAGAAGGGAAGAAAUUAGGUCUCAUUGAUGCAAUUGUUACCCCAGAAGAAUUGAUUAAAGUAUCACGGAAAUGGGCACUGGAUAUUGCUGGAAGGAAUAAACCCUGGAUACGAUCCCUUCACAGGACUGACAAACUAUGUUCUCUUUCUGAAGCACGAGCUUUAUUGAAGGAUGCUAGGCAACAGGCAAAACAGACUGCCCGCAAUAUGCCACAACACCAGGUAUGCCUUGAUGUGAUUGAAGAAGGCAUUGUUCAUGGAGGUUACAGUGGAGUUCUAAAGGAGGCCAGAGAUUUCAAGGAGCUUGUAUUGUCAGAUACUUCAAGAGGGCUUGUUCAUGUGUUUUUUGCACAAAGAGCAACCUCGAAGGUUCCUAAUGUUACUGAUAUUGGUCUCAAACCAAGGCUAAUAAAAAAGAUUGCUGUAAUUGGUGGAGGUUUAAUGGGCUCUGGGAUAGCUACAGCUCUUAUUCUGAGCAACAAGUAUGUUCUUCUCAAGGAAAUUAAUGCCGAAUAUCUUCAAAAAGGGAUAAAAUCAAUAGAAGAAAAUGUCCGAACUUUGGUAUCAAGGAAAAAGUUAUCUCAAAAUCAAGCUGAAAAAUCCCUUUCAUUACUUAAAGGUGUAUUGGACUACUCGGAGUUUAAGGAUGUUGAUAUGGUUAUUGAGGCUGUGAUUGAGAAUGUUCCUCUAAAGCAACAGAUUUUCAUUGAUAUUGAGAAGGCGUGCCCUCCUAAUUGUAUACUGGCAUCUAACACAUCUACUAUAGACCUUAACGUAAUUGGUGAGAAGACCAGAUCUCAAGAUAGGGUUAUAGGUGCUCAUUUUUUCAGUCCUGCUCAUGUUAUGCCUUUGCUGGAGAUAGUUCGGACAGAGAAGACUUCAGCUCAAACAAUUGUUGACCUUAUGGCUGUUGGUAAAGCAAUAAAGAAAGUACCUGUUGUGGUGGGGAACUGCACUGGUUUUGCUGUAAACAGGACCUUCUUCCCAUAUGCCCAAGGAGCACAUCUUCUUGUCCAUCUUGGAGUUGAUGCCUUCAGGAUUGAUGCCCAGAUUACAAACUUUGGCCUUCCGAUGGGCCCUUUCCAACUUCAGGAUUUAACAGGAUAUGGGGUAGCUGUUGCUGUAGGAAAACAAUUUGAUGCUGCUUUUUCUGACCGUAUAUUUAGGUCUCCUUUAAUUGAUCUCCUCAUCAAAAGCGGUCGAAAUGGCAAAAAUAAUGGAAAAGGAUACUACAUUUACCAGAAGGGAAUGAAACCAAAACCAGAUCCUUCUGUGUUUCCAGUUAUAGAAGAGUCUAGAAAGCUGAUGAAUAUUAUGCCGGGAGGGAAGGCCAUAUCUGUGACCGACCAAGAAAUAGUUGAGAUGGUGCUCUUUCCGGUAGUGAAUGAGGCAUGCCGUGUUCUUCAUGAAGGGAUGGUUGUCCGAGCCUCGGAUCUGGACGUUGCAUCUGUUCUUGGAAUGAGCUUCCCUUCUUACAGAGGCGGAAUUGUUUUCUGGGCUGAUACGGUUGGAGCUGGCCAUAUAUAUAAAAGCCUGAAGAAGUGGUCAGAACUGUAUGGUAACUUCUUCAAGCCCUCCCCUUUCUUGGAAGAAAGGGCACUCAAAGGCAUUCCAUUGAGCGCUCCCGUUGCACCGACCUCUUCAGCUUCAAGAUCACGUCUGUAGACCGUGUUUCAACCAUCCACAUAUGAUCCCCAAAAUUGGGAAUGGCAAAAAAAGAACACUUAAAAUCAUACAGUGUUGGGGGACCUAAUAAAAUUAUGUGUUUGUUUUGUUGCUAGAAAAGAAGGGUUUACUUUUUGAGUUAUUAAAUGUUAAAAACUAGUUUUGAAUAAUGUAUGAAAUUCACAACAAUUUCAUUAAUAAAGAUGUGUGUAACUA